GGGGGCCGCGCCGAGGACUGUUGUAGGGGCACCGUGGAGACGCUGCCUGGAGGGCGCGGGCGCCAUGGAGCGCUAUGCGGGCGCCCUGGAGGAGGCGGCAGACGGGACUCGGCAGCAGGAGCGGCACUAUCAGCUGCUGUCGGCGCUGCAGAACCUGGUCAAGGAGCUGCCCAGCUCCUUCCAGCAGCGCCUGUCCUACACGACGCUCAGCGACCUGGCCCUGGUGCUCCUCGACGGCACCGUGUUCGAGAUCGUGCAGGGGCUCCUGGAGAUCCAGCACCUGACCGAGAAGAGCCUGUACAACCAGCGCCUGCGGCUGCAGAACCAGCACCGAGUGCUCAAACAGGCGCUGCGGCAGAAGCACCAGGAAGCCCAGCAGGCCUGCCGGCCCCACAACUUGCCCGUGCUGCAGGCGGCCCAGCAGCGGGAGCUGGAGGCGGUGGAGCACCGGAUCCGCGAGGAACAGCGGGCGAUGGACCGGAAGAUCGUGCUGGAGCUGGACCGCAAGGUGGCCGACCAGCAGAGCACACUGGAGAAGGCUGGCGUGGCUGGCUUUUACGUGACCACCAACCCGCAGGAGCUGACGCUGCAGAUGAACCUGUUGGAACUCAUCCGGAAGCUGCAGCAGAGGGGCUGCCAGGCGGGGAAGGCGGCCCUGUGACCAGGCGGGCUCCCUGCUGGCUGGUAAUGUAAUCUAAUCUGA